AUGCUACUCUCCGAGCGCCGCACCUUUCAAACCUCCCGCGGGUACACCUACUCCUUCAUAUACGUGCCCCCGCGCGACGCCAAGCCCACCUUCCUCCUCCUGCACGGCUUCCCCUCGCACGCCGACGACUGGGAGCCGCAAAUCUCGCGCCUCGCCGCCCGCGGCUACGGCGUCGUCGCACCGGACCUACUCGGCUUCGGCGCCUCCAGCACGCCCAACGCCGUCGCCGCCUACGCGCUGCGCGGCAUGAGCGACGACCUCGCCGAGGUGCUGGACCACCUGCAGCUGCCCGCGGUGGUGGCCGUCGCGCACGACCUCGGUGCCAACCUGCUCGGCCGCGCGGCGGCGUACCACCCACGGCACUUCCAAGGCCUAGUCUUCCUGGCGGUAGGCUCGGGGAAGCCGGCGCGGGGCUUUGACGUGGAGGCGAUUCAGCGGAUGACGGAGGAGGCGGUCGGGUUCGUCAUGUUUGGGUACCUCUCGUGGCUGGGCGGCGAGGGGGAUCCGCAUCGGGUGCUGGAGGAGCAUGCCGAGGCGGCGAUGAGCCUGCUGUUCGCGGCUGAUGGCGGCAGAGUGUGGAACGAAUGGUUCCACCCGCUGGGGGCGAUGGAGCGGUUCGUCACGGAGGACAGGCGCGUGCCGGUUGGGGUGUGGUACACGCCGGCGAUGCAGAAGGCGCACUUGGAGGUGUUCGCGGCGAGGGACGGGUACAAGGGCGCGACGCGCUGGUACCGCAUGCUGGUGACCAACGCGUCCCUCGCGGAGGAGGAGGAGGCGCUUGCGGACGCGCGGUUGGAGCAGCCGAGCAUCAUCGUGGCGGACGCGCAGUCGAUGCCGCCGCAACAGGGCAUGCUCGCCGAGUGGGUGCCCAACUUGACGGCCAAGGAGGUGAAGAGUGGUCACUGGCUGCACAUUGAGUGCGCAGAUCAGGUCAAUCAGAUUAUUACAGAGUUUGCCGACUCGUUGUAA